AUGCCUCCGAUUGAUCCAUCGACCGGCCAGCCGCUGCCAGAAUCCACGAUACAGCGCAUUCUCUUCACCCACCAUCCUGUUCACGUCUAUGGCAUUCCACCUCUGACCUCGACCUCCGGCUUCAGUGCUUCAUCCUGGACCUCUCCAACCAAGCCCACCGCUCAACAGAUCUUUACAGCUCGGUUGCAAGUCAUCGAGACUUCCCACUCCGAGACCUCACUCCUCAAAUGCGCCGUUGUCCUUUCAGACCCCACAUCUGGAGAUCUCUUUGCGGCAGCACCAUAUACCGCUCCUGCCGCUGUGCAACAAGCCAAUGACAGUUCGCGGUUCUUCGCGAUCCGUGUUGUAGGCGAAGGCGGAAUGAAAGCGACAUUGGGUAUUGGCUUUGAGGAAAGAGGUGCGGCGUUCGAUUUUGGCAUUGCUUUGACGGAGGCGAGGAAGGUCCUGGGGAUGGGUGCAACGGGAGAGCAGCAGAACGGAGGUCCACGGGGGAGGGCUUCGGAAUUGCAGAAGAAGAUGGAGGUUGAUGCGAAGAAAGACUUCAGUCUGAAAGAAGGCGAGAAGAUCGUGGUCAAUGUGCCGGGUGCAGCCAAAGGAAGGCGGCAAAGGCCAGAAACGAGUGCAAGUGGAGGGGGCGGUGGUGAUGAUGCUGCUCUAUUCAGUAUUGCUCCACCGCCGCCUGCUGCUGGGACUUCGCAAAGCAAUCAGCAAAAGACGGCGGCCGAUGAUCAAGUGGAAGGGAGAACAGCUCAAGAGCUAGGCUUUGAUGAUGGAGAAUUUGGCGAGUUUCAGUGA